AGAGAGAGAGAGAGAGACCUGCUCCUCACAGACAUUAAAUGAGACGUUUUUCUGUGUUCAGUAUCUUCGGUCUGGACUUCCUGGACCAGCUGGUGAAGAUCGAGGCUCACGACUCGGAGGUGUUGUGUCUGGAGUUCUCCCCCACGUCCACAGGUAUGAAUCUGUUGGCCUCGGCCAGCAGAGAUCGACUGAUCCACAUCUUCAACCUGGAGAAGAACUACAGUCUGCAACAGACUCUGAACGACCACUCGGCCUCCAUCACCGCUGUCAAGUUCUCUGGUGAGAGUCCAGAGGUUCGGAUGAUCAGCUGUGGAGCCGACAAAAGUCUCUACUUCCAGUCAGCUGAACAGACGGUGGAGGGUCCCUGGUUCUCCAGGAGUCACCACGUGGUGGAGAAGACGACUCUGUACGACAUGGACCUGGACUCAUCGAGGACUCACGUCUCCGUCGCCUGUCAGGACAGAAACGUCAGGGUUUACAACGUGGAAACUGGGAAGCUGAAGAAGUGUGUGAAGGGCUCGAGCAGUGAUGAAGGAGCUCUGCUGAAGGUGAGGACCUGCUGUCAGCUGACGCAGUGAUUUUCUUUUUCUUUGUUGAUAUUAGGCAUCAAUUAGGCAUUUACAAAUGUCUUUCAGACAAUGUACAUUGCAUGUGAAGAUUUUCAGAUGAUGCUCAUUUGUGUUAUAACACAUAUAGAACAAGGAAAUAACAGAUAAAAAAAAGAACUAUACCUAGGGAGUGAUCUAUUAUCUAUGGUACAUUCAUUGAUUUAUGAAAAUAAAAUCAGGUCUAUGGGGUGCCACGUAUGUAACCCAUUUUUCCCAAUACGACAAAAAUUGUUCCAGUUUGUAGUUGACAGAUGCUGUUAUCUUCUCCAUUUUGUAAAUGUCCAUUGUAAUGUCAUCCAUGUGUUCAGAGCGGGACUCUCUUGUGACGACCAUUUCCUGGUGAUAGUCUUUUUGCUGGCCACCAGAAGUACAUUUAUUAAAUAUUUGUCUCUUUUUGACAGUGUUUUAGGUAAAUAUCCAAGAUAUAUGGUCUUACUUUCUAGAGGUAUUUCACCUUCAAAAAUGUUUUGUAGGGCAGAGUGUGUCCCUCUCCAAUAGUCCGUGAUAACAGGGCAAUCCCAGAACAUAUGGUGAUGGUUUCCACAUCCUCUCCAGCAAACAGGAGGGUUACUGUCAUAGUGGCCUUUCUGAGAGGGUGUAAUAAAAUACCUGAUCACAUUUUUCCAACCAAACUCUCUCCAUGUCUGCGAGCUGGUCCACUUCCAUUGAGUUACUGUCCAUCCUUCCUCAGAUAUAGUUAUUCCUCCCUCCUGCUCCCAUUUAGUUUUAAUAUAGGAGGUUGAAUGUGUUUUAAAGUUCAACAGACAUUUAUAUAUACAUGAGAUGAUUUUACUGCCUAUAUCUGAGUUAUAAGCUUUUCUAAACAGUUCUAUCAGGUGUGUACUCUUAGUCAUGUUUCUCGUCUUCGUAUUCACAUAAUGUCGCAUCUGCAAGUAUCGAUAGAAGUCCUGUUUCUCUAGUGAGUGUUUCUCUU